AUGACAGGUUCGUUGCUUUUCGAACUUGUCGGUCUCUAUAAUAGCGUACUUUAUGAUAACUCAUCAGUGUGGCAGGUCCGUAUCGGCUUAUGUCAGUGGAGUGUUCCAUGACACGACUUGGUGCCAUGGGAUCAUUUCCCUUCUAUUCACUAUUUGUGUCAUGGUUAUCGGUUUGUUCAUUGUAGCAAGGUAUCAGAUACACNUUGGCAUACGAGGAUUCACAUUGUCGCGCCAAUGGGCACAACCCAGUAUUCCCAGCAUUGCCCCUCGCGGAUAUGGCACUGAAGCAUCUUAG